AUGCAUCUCUUCCUCAUCAUCCAAUGGCUCAUUCCCUUCAUCGGCCUCUGCCUCGCCCAGGCUGAUGACCGGGCCCUUGCUCUCUCCUUGAUCAACCAAGCUCGUCAGGCUCAAGGAAUUCAGCCUCUUGUCUGGAAUGCAAACUUGGCCUCUUACGCUCAAUACUGGGCAAACAUAAUGGCCGCUGGUCAGCAGCCCUUUUCGCACGCCCAGGGUACUUAUCGGCCUCAACAAGGGGAGACGCUAUUCGAAUACCAGUCCACCCAAUGCGAUGCCGCCUACGACAACCCUCUGCAGACAGCCGCCCAUACUUGGCUUGCGCAGGCCUCGCUCUACAACGGAAUGCCCAUCACGGACGGACAUGAGCCCUGGCUGCACUGGUCACAGUGUAUGUGGUCGACCACGACACAGAUAGGCUGUGCUCGAGCCUACAGCAUCUCGGAGCCGUACAAGACGUACGACGUGUGCCGCUUCUUUCCGGAGGGAAACAUAGUUGGACAGCGACCUUUUUAG